AGUGCCGUGUUGGAUUUCGUUUAAUUUCUUCUUCCAGCAAACAGUCCCGAUCUUCACCUCGGCAUGUCCGCCAGCGGUGGCAGGAUGUCGAACAACCCGGAAUGUGUGAUGGUGGCGGUGCGGAUUCGCCCGAUGGCACCGUCGGAAGAGGGACGGGGAUGCCAGAGUGUGGUCGAGAUAUCACCACCGAACGAGCCGCAAGUGGUCAUCUGCGGAGGGCGCACCAAAUCGGACAUCUUCACGUACAACUACGCGUUCGCGCCGGACGCAUCGCAGGCCCUACUCUACGAGCGAUCGGUGGCCCCGGUGCUGGGGAAGCUGUACGAGGGUUACAACGUAACGAUCCUUGCGUACGGUCAAACCGGAUCGGGCAAAACCUACACGAUGGGAACGGACUUCAGUGGCGAUAUGGUGGAGAAUGCGGGUGUCAUUCCACGCGCCAUCCUGGACAUCUUUCGGAAGGUGGAAGAAACGGACGGUAGCAUCAGCACGAGCUGUUCCUUCGUCGAGCUCUAUCAGGAGAACGUGUACGAUCUGCUGUCGGAGAAGAAUACCGCGACUGAACGGCAAACGGUCGAAAUUCGUGAGAUGGCCAGUGGAAUCGUUGUCCUGCAGGGGUUGACCGAGAUCCCCGUUCGGAGCGUAGCGGAAACGUUCGAUUGUUUGGUGCGAGGCUCGUCCGGUCGGAUGGUGCGAGCGACGGCGAUGAAUGCCGUCUCGAGCCGUAGCCACUCGAUCUUCACCAUCACGCUGCAGCAACCGUCGACCGAAGAUCCCAAGUCAUUGCUUACCUCCAAGUUUCAUCUCGUCGAUCUGGCCGGUUCGGAGCGCUCGAAGAAAACGAAAACGACGGGCGAUGGGUUCCGGGAAGGUGUGAAGAUCAACCAGGGACUGUUGGCACUGGGCAAUGUCAUCUCCGCGCUCGGUACGGCCGUUACCACGGGCUCCAACAAUCACGUGCCUUAUCGGGACUCAAAGCUGACGCGUUUGCUCCAGGAUUCACUCGGAGGCAAUUCGUACACGCUGAUGAUCGCUUGCGUUUCGCCGGCUGACUACAAUCUGAACGAAACGAUCAGCACACUUAGGUAUGCAGAUCGGGUUCGAAAGAUCAAGAACAAACCGAUCGUGAAUCAGGAUCCGCACCUGGCGAAGAUCAAGCAGUUGGAAGCGAUCAUUCAGGAUUUACGCAUGGAAAUAUUGACGCUCAAAGGAGGUGAUAGCUCAAUGGCCGUCGCGUCCGAGUUUAGGGUACCCAAGGUACCGUCAACUUCAGCCCGACCAUCCGGGGCUGUUGGACCGCCUCCGAAACGUCCAACGCUUGCGGCAUCUGCGAUCAAUUCCUCAUCUUCCAUGCCGAGCGAUGGAGCACCAAACGGAGUUCGCAAGUCAGCGUUACAAGAGUUACUAGAUAAGAACCAGCUGCUGCAGGCACAGCUACAAGCGAUGGCUCAGGAUCUGGCCACCAACGAGAUGCGUGCAUUAGCCGCCGAGAAAACGCUUGAAAUGCUUGAUGAGAAGGUCGAUGAUGAUAAAGACAUACGGGAACAUCUCGGAAGCAUACUGAGUACGUACCACGAGGAGAUGGUUGCACUCGGUAUGACGGAACCACCGGUCACUGCUGGUACGGUGGGUGAUCCUGCCAGCCAGCGGCCAUCGAUUGCCUCGUCCGUCCUUAACUCAGCGUCCUCAGAACCCGAACCCAUCGAUAUGCCACUCACCGAGGAUGGCCAGAAACGCUCGGAUAAUCAUACGCAGCAACAGAUCCGGCUGCACAAGGAGCUACGUCAGCUCAAUAUGGAGCUUAAGCUCAAGGAGGAACUGCAUCGGCGCUGCAUGGGUAAUAUUGCGGCCGUCCAGAGCAAUGGGCCCGCCCAGCAGCAGAUGGCGGAGGUACUGGCCGAAUACCAACUAACCAUUACCACACUGGAGCAGCAACUGGCCGAGCUCAACGGGCAGCUCGAAAACACGAAGGCCAUCGACAAAAGAUCGAAACUCUCGGAAGAGCGUCGCAAGAAGGUGCAACAGCUCGAGGCGCAGCUUAGUGAGCUGCGCACGAAGAGUAUGCGCCAGGCGAAGCUGUUGAAGCUGAAGGAAAAAGAUGCGCAGCGCAUCGAAACGCUGAGCACGGAGAUCCAAUCGAUGAAGGCAACGCGCGUGAAGCUGCUGAAAACGAUGCGCGCCGAAAGCGAUAGCUUCCGCAAAUGGCGACUUACGCACGAGAAGGAGAUCUGCCAGCUGAAGGCGAAGGAUCGUAAACGGCAGAAUGAGCUGCAAACGAUGGAAUCGAUGUACGCCAAGCAGAAGAAGAUCAUGCAGCGUAAGAUGGAAGAAACGAUUGCGGUGAACAAGCGGCUGAAGGCAGCGCUCGAUCGUCGCCAGCAGCGCAAUGAUGGAAAAGGUGGCACCGGGCCCACCGGUGAUCGGUCGAUGCUGCGCGGUACCGAAGCGAUCCGCUGGAUCGAGCAGGAGCUGGAGCUGCUGUACAGCAUGGUCGAAGCAUCGGACACGCUAGAGGUGCUGAUGGAACAGCGAACGCAGCAUGCCGCGAAGCUGGCUGGUCUGAAGGCCUCCAAAAGCAAAGAUCCGGCCACAAUCGAGGAGAUUCACCAGUGCGAGAAAGAGAUGGCACUACGGAAUGCUCAGAUUAGUGAUCUACAGCAGCGUGGUCACGAUAUCGACGGGCAGCUCGUGUUGUUCAGCAAGGCGCUCGAUACGUUGCCCGAGAAACGGGAAGCCUAUCGGCGCCUACUGGCGGCGAGCGUCGCUGAUCGUAAGCAACUAAGCGGGCUACGCUUCCAGCUGGUCGAGUGUCAGGCGGCGAAUGAGUGUCUCGAGGAAUCGCUGGCUCAGCUGCGCACCGAUCAGCAGCAAACCGAGCAACAGUAUGCGGUACAGGUGGCCGAGCUUGAAAAAGCUUACGAGGAUAAGCUGGCCUUGCUGUUGCUCCAUCAGCAACAACGCACUCCAGCUAGGAAGCAAAAAACAGCCGAGGGCGAAGAAGAAACAGAGCAGGCGCUGCAACAGCAAGAAGAGACUGAAACCGGCCAGCAGCAGCACACCGACAACAACAAUGUGCUGGUCGAGGCAAUCGAACGGAUCGAGAUGCUACGCAACGAACUGGAACUCCACAAGGAGGCCAAUCGUCUGCUGCAGCGCCAACUCACCGCUACUAAGGAGAUGCUGGCGGCCAGCAACGUACCCCGGGUGUCCGGCAAUCGGAAACCCAAACCAAAAGUGCUUAGCUAUGUGACGAAACAGGAAGAAGAGGAUGAAGAGGACGAGGAGGAAGAAGAUGACGAUGAUGACGAUGACGAUAUGGAUGAGUUGGAGCGCGAGCGUGAUCCGGACUUCCGUGGAACGCCCAUUAGCAAAAGGCGAAAGAUGAGUACCGUUUCGUUGGUUCAAUCGCAGCGUUCCAUCGAUAGUGAUACGAAUGAAACGUCCAACAGUAGCGGCACGGGACCGCACUGCACCUGCACCGGUAACUGCUCAACGAUGCGCUGCGGUUGCCGAAAGUCUGGUCUCUCCUGUCAGUCCAGUUCUUGUAAGUGUCCGGAAAACUGUGCCAACAAGGCGCUGGAAUCGAUCUCCGAAGACACACCGUCUACCACAGAGGACGAAAAGGAGAACACAUUUGCCAUCUCUGGCGGUGACGGUGACAGUAGGAACCUACUGGAGAUGCUCUGCACUCCUAAGCAGAACAAAAGGGCCGCAGAAAUGGACAUUCUAACGUACGUGUCGGCGCACAGAAAGCUGAAACCGCUGCUCAAUGACUAAGUGACCGACUCUCACUUCCCGAGAUUAAUUUGCAUAUUUAUUGUUAAUAUUUACAUUAUGUUUUACUGUUAAUGACAUUGUCCAUGAUCUGUCGGUUUGUUUCAUGUAGAACAUUAAUAAAACAACAGCCUUAAUACGGUUUAGUGAUUCUGAAUAGUCUUUCUGGGCAAGUGCGCGGAAGAGGCUAAUUAAGGUUGCGAAAUGAAGAAGAUCGUUCGAAGAUCAGCAAUUUGAUACUCACAAACGCACAAAUCCAUGAUGGCAUUCCAUGUGGUUCACUUUCCAUUGCCCUUAAUGCGAUUUACACUCGGUAGUGUGUUGCUAGUAUAGUUCAUAUUGAGUAGGAGAACCUUAAUAAACGGCUUCAUGCAAG